UGGCUGCAACCUCCGCAAUGACGAUGGAAACACUGCAGGACAAGGCAGCGACUCCCAUCGUGCUGCAACGCCCGUCAAGAAGCGACGGCCCAAAGAAUACCGCUUUUGCUUCCCCAGUCUCUUCUCACCCCGGUGCCUGCUUCCUCAGGCAGUUGAUAUCCCGCAUACACCAGUAGAGCAAUUAAUUCUCUGCUCUUCUUGGACACCAUGGCCUCUACGGAAGAACCGGUUGUGCCGACUGAGGCUCCUUCGGACCCCGUCCCUGCUAUGGAGCCGGUUUCUGAGGAUGCUCCCCCAGCGACCCCAGUUGAGUCAACCGUUUUCUCAGGUGAGGAAUCGAAGUCCAGCCCGGAGGCUGCGAAGGAAAAGCUCGGUGAUUCGCCUGCGAAGCAGAGUCCCACCACCGCGACUAAGAGACCGACUUCUGGGACGACUACCACCAAGCGCCCCGUAGGGUCUACAACCACGAAGUCAUCGCCGACGACCAAGACAACCAAUGGCACCACGCUCAGCAAACCACCCACUCGUCCUACUACAACGUCAACCGUCCGCAGAGCUCCCUCGACUGUCUCCACCACUGCAUCACAUAGGUCUCGAGCGUCGGUGAGCAGCUCAGCCGAUGAGAAGACCAGGUAUGUGGCCAGUUCUGGCGACGAGAAAAAAGGUAUCUCUGGCGCUGCUAAGAGGAUGUCUCUGGUUGGCACGGCGUCAUCCAGGGCCCCUGCGAAGCCGACUACGUCCAUGGCGGAUCGCAGAUCGAGUGUGGCCGCUCCUAGCGCGGAGAAGAAGACACUGUCUUCUCGGCCCAGUAGCAUCAGCUCGAAGCCAAUAACGAAGCCGACCACAACCACCACUCGUCCCGGCAGCACCACUGCGACUUCAAGGACACCGACGACUACGAAACCAACGUCAAGUACCGCCAGAACAUCGACGACCGCUGAUCCCAAGAAGAGACUCAGCACCGUGAGUGCAUCUACGCUCAACAAGGCUGCCCCGGAUGCAGCACAAGCUGAAAAGCUCCGGUCGUUACAGGCGAAGCUGGAGGAAAGUGAAGCUACCAUUGCCAGUCUCAAGGCAGAGCUCGAGGUCGCAACCGAGAAGAUAGCGACCUUCUCGAAGUCGGCUGAGGAGGGUGCACCUCAGGGAGAAUCUUCAACAGAUGAACUUGUGGCAGAGCACGCUGCUAAGAUGGAGAAGUUGGCCGCUGACCAUGCUGAAGAGCUGCGUGCCCUGCAGUCGAAGCUGGAAGAGGCGGAAACGAAACACAAAGAAUUGGAAGAGAAGUCACUGCAAGACCUCGAUGAUGCGAAGAAGCUAGCUGGAGAACAGGGCGACUCCAAGACUGCCGAACUACUGGAGGAGCUGAAGACUUCCCACAAGGAGCAGCUUGAGAAGCUGGAAAAAGAAUUGGCGGAGCAGAGGACCGCCGCGGCAGAAGCUGCGGAGCAGGUUGCGCGCCUCACGGAGGAACUGACUGUUCUGAAGAUUGAUUCCGAAAAUGCAACGAAGAGUGCCCAGGAACACGAGGAAAGCGCUCUAGAGAGUCUGCAACGGGAGCUGAAGGGCCGUGAUCAAGUCAUCGAUAACCUGGAAACCGAAAACAAGAAGUUGGCAGAGUCUAAGGCUCAGGAACUCGAGGAAGCUAGGUCUUCUGCCUCUGCUCUCGAGGAAAAGAUCACCGCCCUGGAAGCCAAACUGGCUGAGGCGGAGGCGACCACCCAGCAAGGCUCGGACGAGACAAGCAAGCAGCUGGCGGAGAAGGAGACUGAGCUGACAAGCUUGCGUGAGACAGUCGAUAAGCUCCAGGAUGAGAUCAAGAAGAUCCACGAGGAGAAGUCUGACGAACUCCGUGAGAAGACGAGAGACCUCGAGCUCGCUCAUGAAAAGGCUAUCGCUGACCUUAAGGCGGAACACGAGAGCUCCAACACUGCUUUGGCAGCUACCCACGAGCAGCAGUUGCAGGAGCUUCGCGAUGCUCUUAGCGGAUCAACAGAAUCUUCUAAGAAGGAAGCUGACGAAGCUCUCGAGGCUAUCAAGGCCACUCAUGCUGCGGAUGUCCAGGCUUUGGAGGAGAAGCUCACUGCUGCGGAGCAGGCCUUGGCGGAUGCGAAGCAGGCACUCGAGGACAGCAACCAGUCCGUUCAGACCGCUGCUGAUCAGGAAAUCAAUGACCUCAAGGAGAAGAUCGGUUCUCUGGAGAAUCUACUUAGCGCGGAACAAACCAACAUCAAGGCCCUCCAGGCAGAUCUACUGAACAGACAGGAACAGGUCGGUGAGCUUCAGAAGGGACUGGAGGCACUGGAUACGGAUACGAAGGGCAAGGACCAGGAACACGAAGCCGCAAUGGAAAAGUUGCGGGAAGAUGCCGCCGCCAUUGCCAAGUCGCUCGAAGAGCAGUUGCAGGAAGCCAACGCUACUGUGGAGAAGCACGUACAGGCUCUCGAGACUGUGAAGGCUGAACAUGCCGCCGAGCUCGAGAAACUGAAGACCGAGCUUUCGGGAUCCCACGAGACUGCCUUGAAGGAGCUCCAGGCUAAGCACGACGAAAUGCUCUCUGCGCAAAGUGACCUUGAAUCGGGACAUGCCCAGCAGGUUGAGACUCUGCAGGCCGAACUGAAGGCUGCCCAGGAGGGUCACGCCGCGGAGAUUGCUUCGUUGACUGAGUCGCAUGAGAAGGCCAUUGCAGACUUGAAGCAGGAGCUGGAGACGCAGAGCUCGAAGGCUGCACAGCUCGAUGCUGACCACAGUAAGGUGAUCGAAGAGCUCCUUGGCACACAGGAGGAGAAAUUCUCCAAUUUGAGGAAUGAACUCGAGACAUCGCACAAUGACAAGCUGGCUGCUCUUCAGCAGUCCCACGAUGCGACUGUCGCAGAACUGAACGAGCAACUUACCCAGGCUAAGACUGCAGCGGCAGACACUUCCGUGGUUGAUGAACUGAAGAAGCAAAUUACGGAUCUCGAGGAAAAGCUCGUCAAUGCUGAAAAGGCCGCAGCAGCUGCGGAGGAUGUCUCCACGAAGCAUAUCACCGAGAUCAGCGAUCUUCAGAAGGAAAAGAGCGAUCUCGAGGAGAAAUACCAGGCAGCCGCUUCACAACUCGAAGACCUUCAGAAGGUUGUUGCCGACCAGCAAGCGGCCAAAUCGGAACUAGCGGUUGUUUCAAAGCAGUUGGCCGAGGUUCAGGAAGAGCUUAGCCAGCUCAAGGCAGCGAACGAGAAGACGAUUGCUGAGUUGGAAGAGGCCAAGUCCCAAAACCGCGAAAUGGCCGACAAGGUCUCUGAGGGCGAGAAGCACCUCAAUGACCAAAUUGAUAAGAACAUGUCAUUGCUCGAGCAGUUGGGAGAGGUCGACUCCGCCAUCUCUAAUAGUCGGAAGCGUGUGCGUGAGCUCGAGGCGGAGCUUGCGGCCCUCAAGAAGGACGAUGUGAAGUCCAACGGUCUGGAGGCUAGUCGAUGGGCAGCUCCCAGCGACGCGAAUGGGGAAGACGCUGGUCCAGCCACAACGGAAGGUGAGGACCUUGGUUCUUCUAUUGAAGGAACGAUGGCGAGCAUUCAGGAGCAGCUUAAACAGAUCCAAUCCGCCAAUGAAGACUGGUGUGACGAGCAUAGACAGAUUGUCAAUGAUCUCGCCCAAGUCUCUGAAAAGACUUCAUCGGAGACGGGGCAGCGCUCUCCCAACCCUGAAUCUGGCAGUCUUGGUUCUCUUGGAGGACAGGACCCUGCUGGCACUCAGGAAGAGAUCGCAUCGUAAUCGACUUUUGAUAUCUCGUUGUAGUUUAUGCUGGAUUGUGCCACGGGUGAACGUCCGUUUUCUUGGCCCUGUUGGAUAUGUGUACAUCCCUCUUUGUGCAUUGGCUAUGCUCUGUGUAUAUUGUAUGGCGCUCGGGAUACCCUCAACGCUCCUGUCUUGGGAAGUGUCGUCGCCUCGUUUCCUUAUUUUUCGGUUAUUACCCCUUUUCUUAUAUAUUUUAUUAGUUCAUUAUUCUCAGUACUAUUCCCCAUCCGUUUUCAUUAUCCAGUGAUUGCGCCUUUUCAUAUGUUUCUCUGCUGGCAGCUGGCGGUAGUUUGACUGAUCAACACGUGAGAUGGAAAUGAAUGAAGUAUUAAUGUGCCAUUGUUUCUCACACUCAUGUAAUUAUUCCACACAAUAAUAACUGGU